AUGCCUAGUUUCUUUGAUAUACUUGGAUUAGGCUCACAAGAAAGGUCUUCGAAAAAUAUCUUACAGACAGCUACUGAUUCCAGCGAAAAUGCUUCGAAAGGAAGUAGUGCAGGAGUACAAACACAAAUGCAAAAAGGGUAUUCUUUUGAUUCUUCAGCGCUGGAACGUGCGGCUGAUGCUGCGCGACAGCUAGAAAUGUCUCGAAAUGCCAAGGAAGCAUUUGAAAUGGCACGAUUGCAAGAAUUUACGAAACAGAAAGAAUAUGAGGCAGCUGCUAAGCAAGCAGAAGCACAGAUACAAGCACAGCGGUCAGAACAGAUACGUGUUGCAGAAGAAGAAAGACGCAAAACUUUAGUUGAAGAAACAAAACAUGCACGUGCUAGAGCAGAGCAUCAAGAUCACUUGGCACGUAAAAGACAAGAGGAAGAGCUAACGAUGAAAGCGCGUAUGCAAGCUGAAAAUCUAAAGAAACAGGAGGAAAGUGUGCGUAAGCAGGAAGCCAUAAGGAAAGCAACCAUUGAACACGAACUGGCUUUAAAACAUAAAUAUGAUCUAGAAAAGGUUGAAGCUGAAACUAAUGCUAGAGCUAAAGCCGCUCGCCAAAAUCGUGAUAUUAAUUUGGAACAAUUACGUGCAUCUGAAGAAGAGCGGAGAAAAACAACGAUUGAGAAAAUUAAGACCACUGGAACAGUCUUAGGUGCUGGACUACAAGAAUUUUUGAACGAUCCAAAAAAGAUCGUCUCAGCUGUUGCUAGUAUAACUGCGCUUGCUAUUGGCAUGUACGGCGCUAAACGAGGCACAGCAGUUGUAGCUCGUCAGAUUGAAUCUCGAUGGGGAAAACCGAGUUUAGUUCGAGAUACUUCUCGUAUAACAUUCUCAGAACUGUUCAGACAUCCAAUCAAGACAUUUAGAACCGCUUUUCGAACUCUGGAUGAUCCUUUGAAAGGAAUCAUUCUAAGUCCCGAGUUGGAAGCGCACUUGCGAGAUAUUGCAAUAACUACGAGAAAUACAAAACGGAAUCAUGGUCUUUUCCGGAACAUACUGUUUUAUGGUCCACCUGGUACUGGCAAAACUCUUUUCGCCAAGAGUUUAGCUCAUCAUUCGGGCUUGGAUUAUGCUGUUAUGACUGGUGGUGAUGUGGCACCUUUGGGACAUGAUGGCGUUUCUGCGAUGCACAAGGUUUUUGAUUGGGCUGAACACACGAGAAAAGGUUUGGUGCUCUUUAUCGAUGAAGCUGAUGCAUUUUUGCGUAAGAGAGCAACCGAGCAAAUAAGUGAGAGUAUGCGCGCUACGUUAAAUGCAUUUCUGUUUAGAACUGGUGAACAGUCUAAAAAAUUUAUGUUAGUUGUUGCUUCAAAUCAGCCGGAACAGUUUGACUGGGCCGUGAAUGAUCGAUUGGACGAAUUAGUUGAAUUCAAAUUACCCGGUCCCAUGGAACGUGAGCGUAUCAUUUUGCAGUAUUUUAAUAAAUACAUUGCUACACCAGCUACGUCAGGUUCUAAAAAAGCACGCUUAAAGUUAGCAGACUUUGACUGGGUCAAAAAAUGCACUGAUAUCGCACAGAAGACAGAUGGAAUGAGUGGUCGGCAGCUUUCCAAGCUUGUCAUCGGUUGGCAGGCAGCUGCAUAUGCUUCUGAAGAUGGCGUACUUACAACCGAAAUGAUCGAUCGUUGCACAGAUGAUAUGGUAAAUCAGCACAAACAGAAGAUUAUGUGGCUUGAUAGGGAGCAGUUAUCUGUGAGGCACUUUGGACACAGAAUACCGGAAGAAUUGCCAAACCUGAUAUCCCAUUCACAAAAGGAGAGAACGGUAUCGUAA